CUUAGCUGAUGUUAACAUUUAAACAAAUUGCAGAUUUAUAAUUAACUGCACUAUUUGUCUUUCAGUACUCUUAAUUUCCUAUUGAAGUCUUCUCAUGAAUCACCAACAGAAGUUUAUUUUGAAGGAGGAAGAAAGAAUAAAAAGCGAAAUCAGCGAGCUUAAUCAAAGUCUAGAAAGUAAUGAGAGGGAUAUGAGCAAUAUUAACAGAAGACUUAGCGUUCUUUUGGGUGGAGAUCAAAAAUCAAUUAAAGAUUUAAAAGCAGCUCUUCCGGAGUUGUGCCAACUUGAGGCUGAAGUGACAGCUGCUUUGGAGCCAACUCCUAUUAGCAAGAGAGAGAGACUUCAGUCUUCUUCAAGAUCUCUAUCAAUGUUGAGUGAGGAUACUACUUUAGGCAGGCAAUCUACGUCCUUUCCGGGUGCCAGAGGACCAGUAUCUCCAACUGCUAGACCUUAUUCAAGAAGUUAUUUAGGUCCCCAAGUGCCGCCCAAGCCAUCUCAAUUUUCUAGACUUUCCAAUAGUUCACUAGAAAGACAAUUCUUAAACGACAGAAAGCAGAGCCUUCCCCCGCCUCCCCAUAGACUUUCUAAUGUACCUUUAGGAAAACAAUUCUUUGAUAACAGAAAGCAAAGUCUACCCACGCCUUCUCAGAAAAGUAGUGAAGAGCCCAAGAUUCCACCUCGCAAUUUUUAAUUUUUUGAUAUUCUUAAUCUGAAAGUUUUUUUCAGGCAGCCAAUUUAAAAGAUUGUUGAUUAUGGAGAACUUCCGCCCCCAUUUCUUGUUAGACUAUUUAUAAGCCUUUCUUAUUCUUGCA